ACCAGACACUGGAAAGCAGUGGUUCCAAACUCCUAGUCAUGCCUCAGCAAGAACCAGGCACAGCCCAGAGGUUCAUCCACUACAUGGAAGCAGAAAACCAUACAGGUGCAUCACAGUUCCUUCUGCUGGGCCUCUCCAAUGAUCCUAUAUUGCAGCCUCUACUAUUUGGAGUGUUCCUGUCCAUGUACCUGAUCACGGUGCUCGGGAACCUGCUCAUCAUCCUGGCUGCGAGCUCUGACUCCCACCUGCACACCCCCAUGUACUUCUUCCUCUCCAACCUGUCCUUCGUUGACAUCUGUUUAACUUCCUCCACAGUCCCAAAGAUGCUGGUGAACCUACAGACACAGAACCAGGGCAUCUCCUAUGCAGAGUGCCUCGCUCAGGUUUAUUUUUUCAAUAUUUUUCUUGGGAUGGAUAAUUUCCUACUGACUGUGAUGGCUUAUGACCGAUUUGUUGCCAUCUGCCACCCCCUGAACUACACAGUCAUCAUGAACCCCUGGCUCUGUGGUCUUCUGGUUCUGAUGUCUUGGAUCAUUAUGUUCUGGGUGGCCUUGAUUCAUGUUCUGCUAAUGAAGGAACUGACCUUCUCCAUAGGCACUGAAAUCCCUCAUUUCUUCUGUGAAUUGACUGAGAUGCUCAAGGUGGCCAGCUCUGAUUCCCUCAUCAAUAACAUCUUUCUGUAUGUGGUGACUGCCCUGUUGGGUGUGUUUCCUGUCAUUGGGAUUCUCUUCUCUUACUCUCACAUUGUCUCAUCCUUAUUGAAGAUGUCCUCUUCUGUUCGCAGGUAUAAACCAUUUUCCACCUGUGGGUCUCACCUCUGUGUGGUCUCCUUGUUCUAUGGAACAGGAUUUGCAGUUCACCUCAGUUCUGCUGUGACCCAUUCUUCCCAAAGUAGCACAAUGGCCUCUGUGAUGUACACUGUAGUGACCCCCAUGCUGAACCCCUUCAUCUACAGCCUGAGGAACAAGGAUGUGAAGGGGGCCCUGGGCAGACUCCUCAGCAGAGCAGCCUUUUUUCCUUGAUGGAUCAUGGACCUCAGAACUAAGCAGACAUUGUAUAGCUCUAGCCAAAUGCUAUGAAUUACAACACCCUUUCUGCCUUUAAAAAACAUGCUUAGUUUCCUCAGUACCCAACCUGUAGGAUUUUCAGUUGUACAUUUUUGUACUUAUUUUUCCUUACCAAUCCCCUCAGUAAUUUCUAUUUAAUUUUUCUUACCCAUAUACAGUCCCUGAGUUCCAAGUUUUGUUAGUUUUUCUAUGGGCAUCCUUGAUAUUUCCAACUUUAAUUUACAAGUGCUGAGAUUGUCUGGAAAAUUAUGCCUUGAAUACUAACGUUCUUCAUUUUAUUUUGAUUAUGUUUUUGUUUUGUGUUGGAGACCACUCCAAAGUGGUUCUGAGCAGGA